AAACCUAUAUUAAAUUAAACCUAAUCUAAAUAUUUUUUUUCAGUUGCUGAAGCUAAAGUCUUGGAGGGACCAGCUCUGUAUAUUCAAAGUGGAAGCACCAUUAACCUAACCUGCAUUGUUAAGGAGUAUGCAGUGCCACCUAUUUAUGUUUUUUGGUAUCAUGAUGACCAAAUGAUUGAUUACGAAACCCAGAAGGGCAGAGGAAUCAAAGUUACCACCGAAAAAGGCCCAACAACCUACAGUAGAUUUCGAAUCGAAAAAGCUCAAGCAACUGACUCAGGCAAUUAUUCCUGCCAAGCCUCAUAUGCUGAUCCUGCAAAUAUUACAGUUCAUGUUCUAAAUGGGUCAACUUGGAACGCGGAUGAUGGUACACAAGGGGAUGAAAAUAACCAUAAUGUUAAAGGAGAAAAACCAGCUGCCAUGCAACACGGACCUAACGGAAGCCAUUUCCAUGCUGAAAUACCAGUUUUGCUGAUCGGCUUUUCUGUUUUGACGAGCUUCUACCUGAUAUAAAGAACUUACAGUUACUCAAAUGAAGAAAUACUGCUAUUUCUUCAGCUCAUUAACAGGAUACUCUAAUGAUAUUCAAAAGUGGUGCUCUGAUGGCCGGACAUGUAACUGGAUAUACACCACAUUCAGUAUUACGUCACAGAUUUCUUUUGGAUGUCAAAGCGCAUGUUGUCUCCAUGUGUUAUUGCUGUGAUGAACAAUAAAUGUCAUAAACACGUGACGUUUAGUGUGAAACAAGCCAGAAGUGAAAACUUCAUUUGAAUUGUGGAAAAGAGCUACUGAAACACGUGACUUUACUGAUUUUUCCUUGAUUUGCUAAUAUGUGAAAAAUCUAUUUUAAGUUUCAUAUUUAUAAUAGCAAGUAUUGUGCUAUUAUGUUUUAUGUAUUCGGAGCAAUGUGUUUGCUUAAAACAAAUAAUUGAAGGAAAGUGAAGUGAAAAUAUGUUUGAAAGUAAAAACUCCUUCAGUUUUAUAGUUGAAAUGGAUUUUAAAAAAAAUUCAGUUGUCCAGAAAUGAAAGGAUGAGGAA